AUGCCCCCAGGUGCCGCCCCCCAAGGUGGAACCCGCCCCGAAUCCCUCGAAUCCUCGCACAAACGAAGCCGAGGUCCCAACCUGUACCAAUACCCCUUACCCCUCCUGCCCGCCUCACCCUCCUUCAUCUCCUCCCUGCUCUCCGUCCUCCCCUCCCUCUCCCUGACCCCUCCUUUGAUCCAAGCCAUCUAUGACACCUUGACCAAAACGGUCUGGGUCCAAGAUCCGGAGGAGAUGAACAACUUGUGGAGGCAAGGUUUCUUUGGCAAGGGUUCAUUGUCGAGGAGUGAUCCGAGUUGGAGGAGGAGGGUCCAGAAUAGGAUCGCAGAAGCCGAAGGCACCCAGAAGAGUCAGUUCCAAAAUACGGAAGAGUUUCUCAACUCCGUAGCUGAGCAUCUGCACCCCCUCACCCAGACCUCACCUCGGAGGAAUUGACCGCAUUGAGGAGGAUCGAACGCAAAGGUCACAAGCACCUAAAGAAACUCGAACGCGAGGCCGAGAAACUACAACUGGCCAACGCCGCACUCGGAAGAUCCGAACUCCCCUCCGUGACAGAGGAAAUACCGUCUUCCCCAUUACCAUCGACAAGCACAGCCAAAGUCACAGUCGAAGUCGAAGUUGAACCCGAACCCGACGCAGAGCCCGUCCAAACCACCGUCAUCGAAGCGCCCCCCCUUUGGCACCUCGACGCCGAACACACCCAACUCCAACCCGAAGAAGCCUUUUUCCUCCUAUUCUCCCUAGGAACACUAUCCCUACGUACCCUAGACCCGCUGCAAACAGUAACCUCAACCCAUCCCGCCUCUUCCUCCACGUACCUCCAUCGUCCUCUCUCGAUCCUCCAAGCUUGGCGAACGUUCCUCCUCGAUUACAGCACCCUCAUCCCAAGUACACCCACACCAGUCGUGGACCCGAGGCUUACGCGUCUCGAUUCACCGUUCUUGUUGGCGUAUGCGACCUAUCACCAUUAUCGGUCGAUGGGAUGGGUCGUCAGAUCGGGAGCCAAGUUUUGUACCGAUUGGGUCUUGUACGGUCCGCAGGGACCUGUUGGGGGCCAUGCAGAGUACGUUCUUGAACGUAACGAGAGACAACUAUCUCAUUCUACUAGCAUAUUGACACCUAACCGAUCCUCCCGUUCGUCCUUCCCCAGAUUCGCCGUGCUCAUCUAUCCCAACUACGUGAACCCCCAAGACGCCCUCGCCAACCCCUUCCGAUCGACCCUCUCCCACUCCCAAAUCGCAGAAGGCGAACACCGUUCGUCCUGGCGCUGGUUGCAUACAGCCAAUCGAGUCUGUUCAGGCGUCAAAAAGACCUUGGUCCUCCUACAAGUCUUGAUCCCUUCUAUGGAGGGCAUGGAGGAUGGAUGGGUAGGGGAAGAUCCAGCGAGGGCUUUGGCUAUGUUGCAGAUGAGGGAAGUAGUUGUCAAGAGGUUCUCUCCCGGGAGGAUGAGGGAUUGA